UGCAAUUUUAUCUCUGAACUGAGCUGAAGUGCGAGUAUAGUAGGGGAACUCACAACAUUUGAUCCAUCUCGAUUUUGGGUUUCAUCAGAUGUGAAGAAAGCCCGAGCAGUUCUAGACGACGUCAGCAAGUACUUCAGAGUUACGGCGCAAGUCGAUGAAAAAAUUCGUAAUGGAACCGGAGGCAGUGGCUCAGGGUCGAUUCCCGGGUUGAACUUGUACUUGAAUGCAUUGGAUCAAUUGUGGGAUGCCUGGCACUACUUCCAUCUCCGAAAUCCAGAACAUCCCGAGUUUGACCGAGAAAAGUUUGUUCGAAAUUGGCGUUGGACAUCUGAAUACAGCAUUAGAGGACAUUUUAGUGCAACAUCGGAAGCCCAUUAUCCCUCCCCAAGUCAUUUGGGACGCUUUGAUCGGA